UGCAUCAUUGAGAAGAGAGUUGUGAAACCUGUCUGUGCUUCAGGUGUGUAUUGUAUGACAAGUGUACAGACAGGAAACACAAGCAAGGUCUUAUCAAGUAAGAGACCCAGGAUGGCAGAACAAAUUAACAUAGAGGAAGGCAAAGAUGGAACCCAACAGCCAUAUUUUACUUUUGGGGUUAUAGCAGAUAUCCAAUAUGCCGAUCGGCCAGAUGGAAUCAGUGGAUGGAGGACAAUGAGGUUCUAUCGACAAAGUCUCCUACAUCUCCGGCAAGCCAUAGAUGAGUGGAAAACAGAAGAUAUUCCAUUACAGUUCGUGCUUCAGCUUGGAGAUAUCAUUGAUGCAUGCAACGCGUGUCUAUGUCAAUCUACAAAUGCACUCCAGGUUGUUCUGAAAGAAAUUAAAAAUAUCGAUGUUCCUUUCCAUCACAUAUGGGGAAACCACGAGCUCCUCAACUUUGAUCGUAUUUUUUUAGCGGAUUCACCGCUAAACACCAUGUUUAUGGCUGAUGAACAAAAACCAGGAAUGGGCGCAUGUAUAUCAAACAGUACAGACUGCUUUAAUUACUACGCGUACCAUUUCAGCCCAUUUCCUAAUUUUCGUUUUAUUCUAGUGGACAGCUAUGAUUUGAGUGUCCAUGGCAGAGAUUCUUCUAAUCCUAAAUACCUAGAAUCAUCAGACUACCUUCAUGGAAAUUACCAAAGCAACGAAUCUGAAGGCAACCAAGGCAAGUGCAGUACUGGUAUACCAGAUUAUUCGUUACCCCAGCUGAAGGAGUUUAAUGGGGGAUUUAGCUCGGAGCAGCUGUCCUGGUUACAUAACGUCCUGACGUUUUCUGAUGAACGCCGAGAAAGAGUGGUUAUAGCUGGUCACAUCCCCAUUCACCCAAAGACUACUUUGAAGACUUGCUUGGCAUGGAAUUACAUAGAGAUGCUCACACUGAUCCACUCGCACCCCAGUGUAGUCUCUUAUCUUGCAGGACAUCACCACAAUGGUGGAUAUCACAAGGACUCCCACGGUAUAUACCACGUAACAAUGGAAGGAGUUAUCGAAUCACCUGCGGGCACCAAUGCAUUUGCAACAGUUUCCGUGUAUGGGGACAGAAUGGUUUUAAAUGGGAGAGGCCGGGUUAAGAGCAGAGUUUUUCAUUAUCAGAAAUGGCCAUCGGGUAAUUUUACCAAAUCUCCUCUCUCACAGGAAACUGCAGAGAAGAUUAGACAGGUGCAGGUGCAAUAAUCUUUUGCCACCCCAUACACUCAGUCCAUGGUGUGACAACACAUAAACACCCAUAAAUUAUAUUCGGCCUAUAGUACAUACAGUACAUAUAAAUAUUAUUAUAAUACACAUAGAAAUAUACAAGCAUAAUACUCACCUAUAAUUUAAAGAAAAGCUUUAACAUUAGGAAUUCAAACAUGGACUCCUAAUGCAAUAGCGAACUGUAGCGUUUAGUAUUCCACCCCCUACCCCACCACGAAUGCAUGAAAAUGUAGUUUCGCUCAUCAUCAAUCUUCAUAGGAAAGCAUUGGGAGGCUAGUGUAUAUGUGUGACAAAAUGCCACGCUGCGCCAAUCAGCAUCUCCUCUGAAUCAAUGUAUCUCUAUGGGAAGCAUUUAGCGUCUUCAUGUAGAGUUGAACGUCAGACUUGCAAUCUUUGUAGGACUGAACCCAGGAAGUCCCUCUAGUGGCUGUCAGAGUAACAGUGAUAUCCCCCCCAAACACUUACUCGCAUUCAGUGACCCACAACACACACAAGCUCACUGACCCUUACAAACAAAAAGACACACACACAUUGCACUGUUCCAUUAACUCUCUUGCCUACAUCUCACAAUCCGUUGACCAUAUGUGUGCACCAUUGAGCUGUCUGCUUGGCUUUUGGUGGCAGUCUGUGGGUUCCAGGCAUCUUGACUGUACCUGGUUGUUCUUGGCCCAUCUCUCAACCUGUACUGUUCCAACUGUCCCAUUUUUUGCUAUGCUUCCGCCCACAUGUCCCCAUGCACAAGACAUGGGUCGGAAACAAGCGAAUGAUAUACCUCUGUGCUGUCGCAUUGCCUGUUAGAUAUCCGGGUCUAGGAGGGUCCUAGUUGUAUCUAACAGGCCAGACCUUGGGGAUUGGGGUGGCUGCCAGGCAGAAUUUGACAGUGUACCCACUGGCUGGCACUCAGUGCUGUAGCCCGUCAUCUCCAUCUAAUCAUGGUCCAGGCUGUAAUAUGUGUCAGCUCACUUGAGGAAGCUGGCCCUGACAAGCAGUACCCCACCUUCAGGUGCCCUCUCUUAAUUGUGCCCGAGACGGCCCCAUAACUCGCCUGAAGCAAGUUUCAUCGAAGUUAACCUGAAUUGUCUGUUUUGUUUAGCACUUACGUAUGUUCUGUCGGUAUUUGAUCAAAAGAGCAUGGCUGUGUGAUUUAACACCCUCACAAAGCACCCCCUGUGUGCCCGCAGCCAUAAAUGUAUAGGGCCCUGACAGAUAACAAUUAAGAGGUUUUGGGUCAAAAAGGGUAAUGCACACAGUCAUGUUAAGGGCCACCCAAGUAUCAGAGAUUAGUCAUGUGGGCUGUCUUUUCUGGGGACAAAGGACAGGACACUGAUAUAACGGAAUGCCGGCCCAGAUGAGACUGAAAUCCGCUUGGACAACAUCGGA